AUGGGUUCCGUCAGGAUGUCGCGAUCACGCUCACCCGCCCAGCCCGACCUCAGAAAAGAAUCACCACGACCCUCUGGUCCCCAGCAGCUCUCCGCAAAACCCGCCGUCUCGCCGCCCGCCCACUCGAAGCCCAUGGUCAUUCCGGCUCGCACCCAGCCCCAACAAGCUCCGCCGAGAGCACCUCACAGCUCGCGCAAGCCCCGAUCGGCAUCCGAGCACCAACACAACGCAGUUCCGCCCGCUGUCGCAGCGCUGCUCUCCGUGACAUCGAUUCCUAGACCACGACGUACCUCUUCGCCGCGCCGUCGCCUUCAAUAUGCCGACCGCCGCAUCUCCAUCGACGAGCUGAUUGAGGAAUGGAGAGCCGAGGACAAGGAGAUUUCGCCGGGAAGCUAUGGAUCACCGCUAGACAUUUUGCUGGAGCGCGUCGAGGAUUGUGACACUGACGAUAGCUUGAGCAUUGAGGAUGGAAGCCAGAAGGAACGCGACUUUGUCUCUCCUCGCUCUGUCUCAAGCGAGUCCAUCCCGUCCGUGCCCGAUCUCGACGAAGAUCGGUCAGUUCUCUCCUGGAGCAGUCCUUCUACCCCGAGGUCACCGUCGUUGGCAAGAAGAGCAGGCGAGAGGAGGGAGAGGAGGGUUGUAUCUUCACCACCGAAAGAGGCUAUUCUUGACCACCCGCUACUACACUACGGCUUCGUUGAAAAUGAAGAGGAUGUACCGCCACCCCCGGCCCCUGAGGUCAAGAUUGAGCGCCAGGCCCCAGCAUCAAGGUUGAAAUCGGCCUUCACCUCAAACCUUACUGCCUCUAUCCAGGCCCUCAAAUCGGCCGCCAAGUCCUUUUCCAACUUUACAGCUCCGAGCGUUCCGCCGGAUGAUUUGCUAACUCGCUCUCUGCUGUCUCCCCGGUUUGCGAGCGAAAUGCGGCCUAAGAACUUCCAGGGUACCCCGGAUCCAGCUCUCCGUCGCUACCUCAACCCGAGCACUUCGAACAGGCCGCUUUCUGCUACUGAACUCUCACAGCAGCUUCACGAAGCCCUUCUGCACGGCCAACCUGUAGACGACCCUGGCGAUGGACCCAUGAUUCAGAUGCAAACAUACGAACGCCGCUCGCGCAGCCAAUCUCGCGGCAAGCGCCGUACCACGGACCCCGCGUCGGAAGCCGGUCGUGCCAUGAGCCCACAGCCAGCCGUGCGCCAGAGAGAACCCCGCGAGAAUAGCGACUUCCUACGUGUCAUUGUGCUGGAGAUGAACAUGCGCCGCGAAGGCAAGCUUGAUGCGCGCGCUAUGGGCAAAGCCAGGAUCUGGCUUCCCCCUCGCAAGAUCAGCACACGUAGCGAAGAGGAGGAUGCAGUGGAUGGAGUUCCGGUGCGAUGGGUGGGUGUGCUGGCAGGCGCGUAUUGA